AUGUCUUCCAGGCAAAACACCAAAAAGCCGCCCACCAACGGCCCGACUGCUCUUGAUCAAGAUGUUGUCAACAAGAUCGCGGCAGGCGAGAUCAUCGUCGCUCCUAUGCAUGCCUUGAAGGAGCUGAUGGAGAAUGCUGUUGAUGCUGGAUCUACUUCUAUUGAGGUCCUUGUCAAAGACGGUGGCUUGAAACUACUGCAGAUUACGGACAAUGGGCAUGGCAUUGAUAGAGACGACAUGUCAAUACUGUGUGAGCGUUUCACUACGUCAAAAUUGAAGGCUUUCAAAGAUCUCCAGUCAAUUGGGACAUAUGGCUUUCGUGGUGAAGCGUUGGCCAGUAUCAGUCAUAUUGCACAUCUCAAGGUCACGACCAAGACCGCUGGAUCCAGCUGUGCCUGGCAGGCCCAUUAUGCGGAUGGGAAACUUGUUCCAGCAAAACCAGGACAGAGCGCAGAGCCGAGGCCAUGCGCCGGACGUGGUGGAACCCAGAUCACUGUCGAGGAUCUCUUUUAUAACAUUCCAACUCGGCGCCGAGCAUUUCGUUCAGCAAGCGAGGAAUAUGCAAAGAUCCUCGACGUAGUUGGUCGAUACGCUGUGCACUGUACAGGCGUAGCCUUUUCGAUCAAGAAGCAUGGAGACACCGGUUCUGGGAUCUCGGUCCAGGCAAAUGCUUCCACUGUGGACAGAAUUAAACAGAUCCACGGCAGUACAGUUGGCAACGAGCUCAUAGACUUCAACAUCGAAGAUAAGAAGUGGGGUUUCAAGGCAUCAGGAUGGACCAGCAAUGCCAACUACCACGUAAAGCGCACCAUGAUCCUCCUCUUUAUCAACCAUCGUUCUGUAGAGUCUUCCGCCAUAAAAAAAGCUAUCGAGCAGACCUACUCCAUAUUUCUUCCCAAAGGAGGGCAUCCGUUCGUCUAUCUCAGCCUGGAGGUUGAGCCAAAUAGGGUUGACGUCAAUGUCCACCCAACGAAGCGCGAGGUACACUUCCUCAAUGAAGACGAAGUCAUCGAACUGGUCUGCGAUGAGAUCAAGGCCAAAUUAGCGAAAGUGGACACGAGCCGCACGUUUCUUGCGCAGUCUUUGCUGCCCGGUGUGAACAUUCCUACCAUUCAAACACCGAACCGAAACGACAUAAACAGCGAAAGCCCACAGUCAGAGCGCCGCUCGAGUGCCCCCAAAACGCCGGCCACCACCAAAAAGCCAUACGAAAACAACCUUGUACGAACCGACUCGAAGAUGCGGAAAAUCACAUCUAUGCUCCCAUCUGCAGGCGCUGAAGGCUCACCCGCUCAACCUGCAAGUGGAACGAUGGAAGGUGUGACCUACGAGAUCACGAACCGCGAGCCAGUCCAGAUCCGAUUGACCUCCAUCAAGACAUUGCGGGGUGAAGUACGAGACGCAAUGCACGAAGGGUUAACUGAGGUCUUUGCCUCUCAUACAUUUGUCGGACUAGUAGACGAGCGACGACGACUGUGCGCCAUCCAAGCAGGAGUCAAGUUGUUUCUUGUUGACUAUGGACUGAUCUCCAAUGAGUUCUUCUACCAGGUCGGGCUGACUGACUUCGGUAACUUUGGCCGUAUAGUGCUUGAUCCAGCAUCAAAAUUGAUAGAUCUGUUGAUGAUUGGAGCGGAAGCCGAGGUCGAGAACGCCAAACAAGAGGGGAGCAAGGAAGUUCAAGCCAGUGCAUCACACAUCGCCCAGGCAGUACACAAACAGCUGCUUUCCCGCCGGGAAAUGCUCAGCGAGUACUUCUCCAUCGAGAUCUCAGAAGAUGGAGAGUUAAAAUCUCUACCUCUACUGCUGAAAGGAUACAUGCCUUCAUUCGCGAAGCUGGCACGCUUCCUCGUGCGGUUGGGUCCCUUUGUCGACUGGACGGAUGAGCAGGAAUGCUUCCAGACUUUCUUGACAGAACUGGCUGCAUUUUAUGUUCCAGAGCAAUUGGCUGCCACGGGGAAAGCGACAGCGAGUGCAGAAGGGGCAGAUGAUGACUUGUCGAAGAGAAGGAAGCAGCUGACGUGGAGCUUGGAGCAUGUACUGUUUCCGGCCUUUCGGGCGAGGCUGGUUGCGACAGAAGGGUUAUUGAGGGGUGUGGUGGAGGUGGCGAACCUGAAAGGGCUGUAUAGGGUGUUUGAGCGGUGCUAG